AUGCUGACCAGCGUGGGGAUGGCCGUCAUAGUCUUCUUGGGUUUGGCCGGAUCUGUUCCCCUGUUCGGGCUUGGAGUGUGCUUAGCUCUGGGGGGCGUUGGGCUCUUGGGGGCGGGUUGCUGCAGAGCCUGGCAGAAGCGCUUGGUUCCUGAAGUCCCGGGACACUUCCUCCUGCAUCCGCGGACUGGGACGCGCUUCAGCCCGCAGCAGGGGUUGGCCAUACAGAGGAGGUUGGACCGCAUCCGACGAGAAAUGUCAUCAGACUCGGUGGGCAGAGAAUCCGAACCAGAGCCCCCGCUUCCCUCCACUCCUCCCCCCUGGACCAUGGAGCCUCCGCCCUCCUACGACACUGUGAUGAAGAGCCAGGAGCAUCAGGAGCAAAGCCAGAACCAAAGCCAUGAGUUGAAUGAACAAACAGAGUGCAGAACUGUCGCAGAGGACUCCAAUCAGUGUUAG